CUUUUUUUUUUUUUUUUUUUGAACGGCCAACAAAAAAUUUAUUAUUCAAACUAUCAAGUCGCUAGACACCAAAUUUACAAAACGCAUCACCACAAGACCAAAAUGGUUCAAUACUAACUGCAUUACAUAACCAAAUUAAAACUCCGCCAUUCGUUCCACGACCAACGAGACGAACCCGAUCGAUUCUUAAUCCAAUGAUAGGCCAUCGACUUUGAUUCUUCAACAACCUUCGUAAUACUAGGAGUAGCUUGACCGAAUAGGACUUCAUUCCGCAUCCUCCAAACACACCAAAUUACAACCUGGACAAUAGCACUAAUAAUCUUUUGUUUCUUCUUAGGGUGUACGGGGUGUUCGCGGGGAGUGGUUGCGGUGAGGGUUGUCCCCGAUCGGGAACACCGCCGCCAUCAAUGCGGGGACCCGAAUCGGGGGGUGAGAACGGUGUGGACUCACCGCUGACUUUGCACGAGAAUUGAGGAACGGCUCUUUGUGCAACGGUCCGAUUUAAAAAAAAAAAUCACUUUUUUAAAACAUAUAUAAAUAACCAUCUCAUUCACUCCAUUUUUUUAUACUCAAACCAUAUCAUUCUAACACAUUUUUUAUACUCUCCAACCACACCCACUUCACUUUUUAUUUUUUAUACUCUCAAACCACACCCCCUUCACACCGAGCAAUGGAGAACCAACCCCGCGAGGCCAAGAAAAAAACUAAGGGACGGGUCUCGAAACCGGCUCGUGGUGGUUCGAGCGGUGCAAGUGCUCAACCACAACCCCCUUUCGGAUACACUUCACAACCCCCUUUUUUUCCAACAACCUUCACACCCCUCGUUUUACAACACCCAACAACCCAAUUUCGGCUAUUUUCAAAAUUUGUUAUCAAUGGACGCUCCUCCUCAAUCCCCCGCCUUCGACCCAUAUGCUUUUCGUUCCCCACAAGUUCCAUCUACACGAGGAAAUGUCGAACGUCCUCUACCUAUUUACGACGACGAGGACGAUGAGGUAGUGCCCGAAACUCAAAAUUUGGGCGACGAGGGCGAGGACGAGGACGAUGAAUAUAAUGUGGAUGAAGACGCGGGCAACGAAGAAGAUGACGCUCGGGAUAAAAAGGGGAAAAUGGUGAGCGAAAAAUGGACAAAGGACCAAGAAGAGGCGUUGGCGAAGGCGUGGGUACAUUGCUCUACCAACAAAAAAAAGGGCAAUCAACAAAACCGCGAUAGUUUUUGGCGUAAGAUUUUAGAGCAUUUUAACAAAACUGUCGGUGGAAGUAACCGGACCGUUCAUCAAGUACGGUCUAAAUGGAACCCGAUGAUGACGAAAAUAAACUUUUUCAACGGCCUAUACCAACAAGCGGAUCGCACACGAGGAAGCGGAUGUAAGGAUCUCGACGUGAUGAAAGUCGCGUUAAAAGAAUUUAAAGAUAGAUUUCCGAACGGUUUUCAACACAUCGAGGCGUGGGAGGUCGUUCGAAGACACGAGAAAUGGGCCCAAGUCCCAUUGUUGGGUGAGGAAGGUGAAGGUUCGGCACAUAAAAGAAAGCCCGUUGACGUGGACCCUUCGAUACCGGAUAUGAACGAAGACCCCUCGCCACAAAGACCACAACGGCGAGACAAGCGUCAAGCUACAUCGUCCGAGGGAAGCUCGGCCGAGUUGGCGGCACAAUUCAAAGUGUACACCGCCAUGAAAGAAGCGAAGCAAGCGGUAGAAUUGGAGGCGAUCGAAUUGAGGAAAAAAAGAGAGUCGGAGGCUCGCGAGCUCAUAUCGGAACAACGCGAGACAAUGAAAAACUACAAUUACGAUCGAGAUAUGAAAACAUUCCUCAAGCCGCACGACGAUGUUCCGCCAAGUAUGUUGCCGUUCAUCCUCGCCCGAAAGCGCGAAAUCGCUAACAAGUACGGGUGGCCAUGCGAUUUCUAAAAUUUUAAUUUUCUAGUUUUAAUGUGAUUUUUAUUUUCUAGUUUGAAUGUGAUUUUUAUUUUCUAGUUUGAAUGUAUUUUUUUUAAAUUUAAUGAAAUGUCUUUUAUUUAAUUUAUAAACAUGCAUAAUUUUACAAAAAAAAAAAAAAAA